AUGGGCGCCAGGGUGUCCAAGGCCACCUCCUGCUGCUGCCUCCGCGGGCAGCUCCACGGCAGCACCCGCCUCGACGACCCCGGCUCCGAGGAGGACGAGCAGGGGGAGGCGUACGAGCUGCCGGCGUUCCAGGAGUACACCUUCGAGCAGCUGCGCCUGGCCACGGCCGGCUUCGCCGUGGAGAACAUCGUGUCCGAGCAUGGCGAGAAGGCGCCCAACGUCGUCUACAAGGGGAAGCUCGACGCCCAGCGCCGCAUCGCCGUCAAGCGCUUCAACCGCUCCGCCUGGCCCGACCCGCGCCAGUUCCUGGAAGAAGCUAAAUCAGUUGGUCAGCUCCGGAGCAAAAGGUUAGCAAAUCUGCUUGGCUGUUGCUGCGAAGGUGACGAGAGAUUGCUUGUUGCAGAGUACAUGCCUAACGACACACUAGCAAAACAUCUUUUCCACUGGGAAACCCAAGCGAUGAAAUGGCCCAUGAGAUUAAGGGUUGUUCUCUAUCUUGCUGAGGCUUUAGAAUAUUGCACCAGUAAGGGGCGUGCUCUCUACCAUGAUCUUAAUGCCUACAGAGUUCUGUUUGAUGAUGAUUGUAACCCUAGACUUUCAUGCUUUGGCCUUAUGAAGAACAGCCGGGAUGGCAAAAGUUACAGUACCAAUCUGGCAUUUACUCCUCCCGAAUACAUGAGAACUGGACGUAUAACACCUGAAAGUGUCAUAUAUAGCUUUGGCACCUUGCUACUGGACGUUCUUAGUGGGAAGCAUAUUCCUCCGAGCCAUGCCCUUGACCUGAUUCGAGAUCGGAACUUUAGCAUGCUUACAGACUCGUGUUUAGAGGGCCAAUUUUCAAAUGAGGAAGGAACAGAACUGGUACGAUUAGCUUCAAGAUGCCUGCACUAUGAACCCCGAGAACGGCCGAAUGUAAGAUCUAUGGUUCAAGCAUUGGCUCCUCUUCAGAAAGAUGUUGAGACUCCAUCUUACGAACUGAUGGAUAUGCCCCAAGCCGGUGCAUCAUCUGUCCAAUCAUUGCCUCUUUCUCCUCUUGCUGACGCUUGUUCCAGAAAGGAUCUGACAGCAAUACAUGAAAUUCUAGAAAAGACAGGGUACAAGGAUGAUGAGGGAACAGCAAAUGAGCUCUCAUUUCAGAUGUGGACCAAUCAAAUGCAAGAUACAUUAACCUCAAAGAAGAAGGGUGACAGUGCAUUUCGGCAAAAGGAUUUUACUACUGCUAUUGACUGUUACUCCCAGUUCAUUGAAGUCGGUACGAUGGUGUCCCCCACCAUUUAUGCUCGGCGUUGCCUAUCAUAUCUGAUGAAUGACAUGGCAGAACAGGCUCUCAGUGAUGCAAUGCAAGCGCUAGUAAUAUCUCCGACAUGGCCGACUGCAUUUUACCUUCAAGCUGCAGCGUUGCUUUCUUUAGACAUGGAGAAUGAAGCUCAAGAUGCUCUCAAGGAUGGUUGUGCCCAAGAGACAAGUAGCAGCAGCGGACGCUGA